UAAGUGUCUUAGCAUAAUCCUGAUGCAUCAGUCCGGUGAAGUCCGAGCAGCAGUCACCACCUGCAGCCCGGUCCCGGGUUAGAGAUGGAGCGUAGCUGAACAGAUCCAGUCAUGACCACCACGAUGAGAUACAGUGCGGGUGUCGGCGUGUUUUGGUUGAUUUACGCUGGCCUUCUCUGUGAGGAGGAUAUUGGUGUGUGUGAGCAGCAGCCAUGCCAAAAUGGUGGCGUCUGCCAGCGACAAAGCAGUGGCUUCAGAUGCCUUUGCUCCCAGAGCAGCCAAAACGGCCGGCUGUACGGCGGCGAGACCUGCGCAGACGCGCUCUCCGGCUGCGACGACCACCGCUGCGAGAAUGGAGGAAUAUGCUGGCCCCUGCUGGUCCAGGACCAGCACACAUACUGGUGUGGCUGCCUGGCGGGCUUCUCCGGGACCCGCUGCCAGACCCCUACCGCCUUCUCCUUCCAGGGGAGUGGAGGCUUCCUGCGAGUAGAGACCCCGGUCCGAGGGGCCCCACUGCGGCUGGCCUUCAGCUUCAGGACACGGGGGCUCGCCGGCACCCUCCUGCAGCGCAGAGUGGACCACCUGCUGCUCACAGUGGAGCUGCUCAGUGGCCAGCUGCGCAUCAGCGGCCGCAGAGGUCAAGGGUUAAACACCACGCUGGUCCAGGAGCUCCAGGGGAACGUUUCAGAUGGCGAGUGGCACGCGGUGGAGGCCUCUCUGAGCGCAGGGGGCAGCUGGAUCCGACUGCUCUGUGCAGGGGGUUGUUGUGAUGGUGAGGGUGGUUUUGAUGAGAGUGGUGGUGGUGGAGGUGCUGGUGGUGGUGGAGAUGGUGGUUGGUGGUGGGGAGCUGCAGACCACCGGCUGCGGGGGCAAGGCCCUGGUUUGCCUGGUGGUCUUGGCCCAGCGUGCCAGAUCCUCUUCCUGGGGGCCCCGGGUCUGACCCCGGGCGUUGGGGAGGAGGCCCCGGCAGCGUUCCGGGGCUGCUUCCGGGACGUGGUGGUGGACUCCGAGCUGGUGCUGCCCAGGGGUCCGGGGCCGGAGGCUGAAGAGAUCCAGGUGAACGUCACCAUGGGAUGCACUGAUGAGGACCUGUGUGGGGGGGCCCCAUGCGGGGGCCGGGGCCGCUGUGUGGCCGAGGGGUGGAGGGACUACAGGUGUGUGUGCCACAGACCCUACCAGGGGGCGGACUGCCAAAGGGAGUACGUCCCGGCCCGGUUUGGAGCGGGCUCCCUGGAGAGUUACAGUGUGUUCUCUCUGGUGGACCCCCCCUCCACCCUGGCAUCAGACCAGCAGCCCCCCACCCUGGUCGUGUCCAUGUUUGUGCACACCGAGCUCCCCAGCGGCCUGCUGCUGGUCCUGGCCAACAGCAGCAGCCAGUACCUCCGGGUGUGGCUGGAGGAGGGCAGGGUCAAAGUUCAACUAAACGGCCAUGAGAGUGUGAGGGGCGAGGACGCUUCCGCAGACGGCCGCUUCCGCCUGCUGACCGUCGAGGUCUGGGACCACGUGGCCGUCCUGACCCAGGCAGGCCACACCCAGGCCUCCGUCAGCAUCCGGCCGGUCCAACCUCGCCCUGGGGACAAGGUGUUUAUCGGGGGCCUGCCGGACCCCCGGGCCGCAGCCGUGUUUGGGGGCUACUUCAGGGGCUGCGUCCAGGACCUUAGGAUCAACGGCCGGCCGCUCCAGGUGUUUCCCCUCCCUGGCUCGGUGCCUGCUGAGUCCCACCGCCUGGAGCAGAGCGUCCACGUGAUCCCGGGCUGUGGCAGCGACUGCGCCGGGGCACCGUGUCUGAACGGGGGGGUGUGUGACCCCCGGGGGGAGGACUGCAGCUGCCCGCCCGGCGCGGCAGGGAGGCGCUGUGAAGAGGUGAGAUGGUGUGAGUUGUCCCCCUGCCCCUCCUCGGCCGUCUGCGCGUCGCUCCCACACGGCUUCCAGUGCCUGUCCAACGUGACGCUACGAGCUGGAGCUUUCGGUGGCAACGUUCUCUGUUACCGUGGCAACGGGCACAUCACGCGGCCCUUGACAAGCCUGCUCCUCCACCUGCGCACAAGACAGACGGACGCCACCGUGCUCCAGGCACGCCGGGGCUCCACCCCCCUACUCACCGUCUCCCUGCGGGGCUCGCACCUCGCCAUGGAGCUGUGGGCAGACGGGGAGGUCGCCGCCGUGUCCGUGCAGAGCGGCGGCCCUGUGGCAGACGGCCGCUGGCACACUGUGGAGCUCCGCAUGGAGACGCCUGCCGCCGAGAGGUCGCGGUGGGUGGUGGAGGACGAUGGACGGAGGGCGGAGGCGCGGCUGUCAGAUGCCGUGGGGGGCAGUUUGGACUUCCUGCGGGAAGGAGUGGACAUCCUGCUGGGCGCUGGAAACUCUGGGGAAGGGCUGGACGGGUGCCUAGGCCCCCUGGAGAUCGGGGGGAUCCCCCUGCCCUUCCACAGAGAUGAGGAGCUGAGUCUGCCCCGACCCCAGAAGGAGCAGUUCCUGCUGUGGAAGGUGGAGGCGGACACGUGCUGGGACCACCGCUGCGGCCCCGGGGCCACCUGCCUCAGGGGGGUAGAGGGCUAUGGCUGCCUGUGCCCCCGCAACAUGACCGGGCCGUACUGCUCGGAGAAACUCCCUGUGAUCCCGUGGUACGUGGAGAUAAAACCACGUCCUGAGCUGCCGGUGGUUGAGUGCAAGGGGCGCGGGUGGAACUACAGCUGUUUCCACGGGGGCUCGUGUUCAGGAGGGGCCCUGAUCUGUCACUGUGCUGCUGGCUUCACAGGACACUGGUGUGAGACGGAUGUGGACGAGUGUGCGUCGGACCCCUGCAUGCACGGGGGGCUGUGCCUGGACCAGCAGGCCGGCUGGGAGUGUGUGUGCGAUCAGAACUACUGGGGCCUCCACUGCCAGAUGGAUGCCAGUGACUUCCACCUCUACCUCUUCCUUGCUCUGUGGCAGAACUUCCUGCAGCUCUUGUCUUACCAAAUGUGGCACCUGGAUGAAGUCCCAGAGAUAGAGUGGGCCAACCAAGUGGAGGAUUAGGGUGCCCCCUUCCCCCUUUGACAGUGCACAAUCCAAGCGGAUUUAUGAUCAAAGUCUGCAUACAUUAAGAACUUUUCGAAAACAAGGUUCCAAGCAUAAGUUCAGCAAUAACUUAAAUAAUGGAUAGGCUAAUGGACCAGCAUAGAUACAUACAACUAGACCGACAGCCGUCAUGGGUCGGGUGAGGGUUCCUACGGCGCCGGGGUAGCCCACAGAGGUCAUAGGUUACCUGCACUUUCCACAAAUGUAUCUUCUAUACAAAUAUACCUCCUUCGUAAUUCUUGCUCACGUAUUAAUUAAUUGUUUGGCAUACUUAACACUGAUGAAGGACACAUCUUCUUUACGUUCUAAAGAACACCAGAGGUCACUAUAUCGGAGGAUCACCUAAAGUGGCUCUUCCAUGCAGACGUAUCAUGUAUAGACAACGGUCAAUAAUGGUCAGGUGGCAGCAUCAGGUUACUAACACACUUGGAAACCACUAUGGACCUUUUUGAUAGAUAAUGUCACUAUUUCGGUAGCACAUAAACACUUUUGAGUCCCAAAUCCAGAUUUCUUUGGACAGGACUUACAGAAGCAACAAGCCGCGUCUCAAAGCACAAUCGAAGCGGGAAGAUGAUUUUUUAGAAACAAUGGAAGAAUCUUCUAUACUAUUGUAGUGGAAUGGUCAAACUGCGUGGAAUAAAGAGUCAUCCGAACUUAUAAU